AUGAAGUUAUGGGACCGUGAAAAGCUGGUUCAAACGAUGGAUGAAGAGCUCUACAAUGUAGCUGUAACCCUCUUUCGGUGCCUAGCUGACAUGCUACCCGAGGGAAGCAAGAGGGCUGAGAUAAUGCCAGGUUAUCCAGGCUUACACGUGAGCAGUCGAGACGCUAAGGUUGGGCUCAAUCCGCGAACCUUCCGUUCAAUAAGUUCAGGCUGUGACCACUGA